UUUUGGAGUCACUUGCAAGGUUGGGUCUCAGCAGAUCCAGCUAAACCUGCCCUUCGCCAUGAUCCUGAUGCUGCUGCUGGGCCUUGGGGGACACCUGGGCCUCGGUUGGCACCUGGGUUGGGGACUGCUAGGGGUCUGGGCACAGGCCCCUGGUACCAUGUUCUCUGACCUCCAUAGCCCAAGGCCACCUGCAGACUGGGAAACAGAGGCUGAGGACGCCAGCAGGGAUCCCAUCGGACGGAACUGGUGUCCUUAUCAGAAAUCCAGGCUGGUCACCUUCGUAGCCGCUUGCAAAACAGAGAAAUUCCUGGUGCACUCACAUCAGCCAUGUCCACAGGGGGCUCCUGACUGCCAGAGAGUCAAAGUCAUGUACCGUGUUGCGCACAAACCAGUGUACCAGGUCAAGCAGAAGGUGCUGAUCUCUGUGGCCUGGAGGUGCUGCCCAGGCUUCAAAGGCCCAGACUGCCAGCACCAUGAUCCUAUAGCAAGGUCUGAGCCUACAGAGCCAAGUGGUGGCCUCCAGGAGACUUGGGACCAGAUGGUUGGCUUUGAAUUUGGCCAACCUGCUACAGAAUUCAAAGAGAUUGAGGUGCCACAGGGACAUCAAGAACACCUGCUGGGAAUUCCCCAGAAUGAUGUUGACCAGGCAGAAGAUGGGCUCCCAGGCCCCUGGGAGGCCCUGGCCAGUAACCUCACAGCUGAGAUGACAGGGGCCAAUCAAACGGAAGUUGAGUUUUCUAGCAGGACCUCUGGGCACCUGCUGCCACCCCACAUGGACAUGUUCUUACAAGCAUACUUCAGCACCAUCUGGAAGACCUUCAAUGACAGCCUACACAGCCUCUCAGAGGCUCUCAGAAACCUGUCUCUUGAUGUGGAGGCCAACCACCAGGCCAUCAAGAUGAUCCAGGAGGGCUCAGUGGCCACAGCUGACUUCCAAGAACUUAGUGCCAAAUUUGAGGCCAAGAUCCUGGAGAAUGGCCAGAGAGUGGGCCAACUGCGGCAGGAUGUGGAGGGCCAGCUACAUGCCCAGCACCGUGCCUUGCACCAUGCCCUCUCUGAGGUCCAGGCUGAGGUGGACACCAAGUUAAAGCGGUUGCUCAAGGCUCAGGAACUCCCCGGGGCCAAUGGCAGCCUGGUGGUGGCACCUGUAGCUGCAGCAGCAAGGCCGGAGCCCGAGAGCCUGCAGGCCAGACUGGGCCAGCUGCAGAGAAACGUCUCGGCGCUGCACACCAUCACCAACCAGAGAGAGGACGAGUUGCAGAACACUCUCAAGAACAUGAACCAGGUCCUCAAACAGCACGGGGAUGAGAUCAAGGAGCUGUACUCCGAAUCUGACGAGACGUUCGAUCAGAUCAGUAAGGUGGAGCGGCUGGUGGAGGAGCUGCAGGUGAACCACACAGCACUGCGGGAGCUGCGGGUGGUCCUGAUGGAGAAGUCCCUGAUCAUGGAGGAGAACAAGGAGGAGAUGGAGCAGCAGCUCUUGGAGCUCAACCUCACUCUGCAGCAUCUGCAGGCGGGUCACGCGGACCUCAUCAAAUAUGUCAAAGACUGCAACUGCCAGAAGCUUUACUUUGACCUGGAUGUGAUCCGGGAGGGCCAAAAGGAUGCCACGCGCGCCCUGGAAGAGACACAGGUGAGCCUGGACGAACGACGCCAGCUGGACGGCUCCUCUUUGCAGGUCUUGCAAGGCACUGUGGAUGCCUUGUCCUCAGCGGUGGACGUGCAAAAAGGAGAAGGUGAGCGGGCACGGGCUGAGAGGGCCCAGCUGCGGAGCCAGAUGCGGGCGCUGGACCACGCGGUGGGAGCGCUGAAGACCACGGCGAACCGGACCCAUGGGGAGAUGGGCCAGCUGCACAACAAUUUCGCCGCCCUGCUGGAGGAUGCGCUGCGGCAUGAUGCGGUGCUGGUUGCGCUCUUUGGGGAGGAGGUGAUGGAGGAGAUGUCUGAGGAGACGCCCCGCCCGCUGCCCCUGCGCUAUGAGCAGAUCCGACUUGCCUUGCAGGACGCCGCCAGCGGGCUGCAGGAACAGGCGCUUGGCUGGAAUGAGCUGGCCACUAGAGUGGAGGCCUUGGAGCAGGCCUCUGGUGGCCUUGUGGAACCCCCACGGUUGGCAAAGCCCAGCCACGACUCCACUGGGGAGGACGUGGGAGCCACGGCCUUGGACCGGCUGGAGCAGGAGCUCCAGCGCCUGACCUCUGACAUUAAACAGGUUGGGUGGUGUUGUGAGGCCUCUGGGGCUGCCUCCUUCAAUGGCUCCCUUGAGUAUCUCCACGGAAUGCUCUCUGACACUCAGCACAGCUUGGAGCAGCACCAGAGGCUCUUCCACAGUCUCUUCCAGAACUUCCAAGGGCUAAUGGCAGCCAACAUCAGCUUAGACCUGGGGAAGCUGCAGGCCAUGCUGAGUAGGAAAGAGAAGAAGCAGAAAGGCCUAGAAGCUCGCCAAAAGAGGGACAAGAAGCAAGUGGUGACUUUUGCUGAUGCACACAUCAAAGGACUGGAACAAGGUGUUCUGGGCACAGGGCUCUGGGAGGCAGGUGCUCCUGUGGCAUUCUAUGCCACUUUUUCAGAAGAGACGGCUUCCCUGCAGAUGGUAAAGUUCAACACUACAUCCAUCAAUGUUGGUGGCAGCUACUUUCCUGAGCAUGGCUACUUUCGAGCCCCCGAACGUGGUGUCUACCUGUUUGCAGUGACUGUGACAUUUGGCCCUGGCCCAGGCACAGGCCAGUUGGUAUUUGGAGGUCAUCACCAGGUUCCAGUUUAUAGCUCCGAACAGAGGGGCAGAAGCACAGCCACUACCUUUGCUAUGGCUGAGCUGCAGAAGGGUGAGAGAGUGUGGUUUGAGUUAACUCAGGGGUCAGUAACAAAGAGAAGCCCACCAGGCACCACAUUCGGGGGCUUCUUGAUGUUCAAGACUUGAACCCUAGGCUCAGCUUGCAUCAGACAGCAGACUUGCCUAGAUUGAAGCUCUGGCCAGCGAUGGUCUGGAGAACACCCAGUUGGCCUAGCUCUUCCCUGGAAACCUUCUGCAAAGACCAUGCGCCUUCCUCUGGAUACAUGGGUUGGGGAGUGCUGGAAUGCUGCUUUCUGGACUGGGUGGGCACCUGGAAAUGGGAACUGGGUUCUUCACGCCCUCUCCAGUGGCAUGGUUUGCAGUUUGUCUUGGCCCUUUGCUCCCUGAAUUCUACAGCUUUUUUUUUCUUUUUUUUUUUCACUCCUCCUGUGGUUGGAAACUUCUGUACAAUGUUCAGCUUUUCUUGUUUCUUCUUUUCCCUGUGUUGGAAAGUGAUUGUUUUCCGGAACAAAUGUUUACAGUGGAGGUGAUGGGCCAGGUAUAGCUCAGUCGGAGAACGCUUACCUGGCAUGUACAAGUCCCUCGGGUUUUAUCCCCAGUACCUCAAAAAUGUUUUAAAGUUGAAGGGGGGAGAGGGAAGAGGUGGCAUCCCCCCCCAAAAAAAAAUUCGGAAACCAAUCUCCAAAUGCUACAGGAAAACUGGAUAAAGCCAGCCUUUCCAGUCUCAGGAAGGGAGCUAAGACCUGGUUGAAUUGAUCAAGGGAAAUUAAGUUAGUAUCUUUGGAGCUGGAGAUGUAAGCCUGCCUAAGAUGCACAAAGCCCUGGGUUCAGUCCUCAGUACUGCUUCAACUAGGC